UGAAGCUGGGAAAGAACCUUCCAUGAUUGCAGAAGUUCCACGGGCUCGUAGCACAGCAGGAAGCUAUUGGGAACGCUAUGAUGGAGUUCUCGGCAUCUCUGAAAACGACGAAACAGCCUUAUCACGACGACGUUCGUCGAAGACGAAGUCAAUAGCAGCUCCUGCAAACUAUAAUAACUUAUCCCGAGCACGACGCAGUAGACGCACAGCAAAUGAGAUAACCUCAGCUAGGGACGAUGGGGAACAACAGCAAAAAGCGAAAUUGCGUCCUCCGUCUUCGCCAUCUUCAUUUGCUCCUGCAAACCGCGUGUCGAACAUCGCGGCCUCAAACGCCAAUAAUUAUCAACAGACACAGAAUUAUGAGGACGUUGUUCCAGAUCGGGAAGCCGGUGACUCCGAAGCAUACUGGAAUCGAAUGGCUGGCACCAGUUUUGUGGAGCAGCAGAAAGAUGUUAAUACAGGCACUAGUAGUCGACACGGUCACAAGAAGCUUGCUGUUUCCAGUGAGGAGGUGCAGGAGCAAGUCGAUUCAGCAACGACAUCAGUCGCUGUUGCAAAUGAUAAUGUUGAGGAAAUAAGUGCAACAUUGUCUUUGUCUGGAGGAAAAAAGAACGCGGCUCCUGUGCUGUUGAAAGCGAGUGGUGGAGGCGCGUCCUCCGUAUUGCCAGAGCAGCAGGAGAGACAAGUGCAAAGUCAGAUAAAACAAAAUCCUCAAAUUGCUUCACUUUCCGGUACGAACGAAAAGCAAGAGACGAGCAUGUUGUUGAUCAAUGAAAAAGCAGGAACAACCGGGGCGCCUCCUGUGCCGACAAGUAUCGACGAUGCUGUGCAGAGUAUCGUCGCAGCCUGUGGAGUUUCCGUUUCCGAAGCACGUCAACUCCUCGUGCAAAUGAUGAAAGGAAAAUCAGCAAAUGUUGUUGUACAGGACGCAGCGUCAAUCGAUAUCGUCGGUGCAGACGUAGUGGAUGAAGAAGUUAGCUCACAACAAGAGGAUGCAACGUCUUCAAGUAGAAUGCUCCUGCCUCUGCAGCAAGCUGCCUCUCCGACUUCUGCGCACCAUAGGUUAAAUGUGAAUUCGACGGCAAAACGCCAGGAGCCUGCGACCCCGAAGGAAGCCGCACAGUGCGUAAUUGAGGAAUUGCUUAGUCCGCAGCAGGGAAUAAAAUCCAAAAGCGACUCGGUAUCGGACGGAGAAAGAGGAGCUGGAGCGGUACAAGGACGAGAAGUCGAAAUAAAUGAGAGCGACAAUGCAACUGAUCAUGUAGCGGUGUCAAGCACAGAAAUAAUAGAGACGCUGCAAAGUAAUAGUAAAGAACCAGAACCACAAGAUCAAGAACUACAAGAAGAACAAGAUGAAGGAAAGGAGCCCUCGUCCCACGUGGUCACACCGGGGAUGCCGCAAGGCUCGAAGCCGCUCAGUCGAGAGCGAGAUCGCGCUACAGGACACUCUGGAUCUGAGGGAAUACCGCUUCCCGAAGAUCCUGUCUCUACAUCUACUUCUAGCCCGCGGCCACCUCUACCGCAAGCAGGACGAGGAGAGCGCAGAGGUAAGUCCUCUGAGGUUCUCGUAUCGCCUGCAAAGAGUCGAGCGUCCUCGGCAUCUCUUCAUCUUCUCUCGGGAAAAGAUAAAGAUCAUGUUGACUCUACUCUUUCUCGACGACGUGUGACCAUCGAUUCUUCAGUUCCUUCGUCCAACCGGAAACGCAUCACACGCAAAGACCCUCUUCCAGAGCGUGGAACUAGUCCGUCCAAGAAGCUGUCAACCACCUUCGAGUUGGGGAAACAGGAAACUCCUGGCAAGAAUGCGACAAGAGAAUUCGAGGAGAAAGAUUUCGAGGAUCCUGAGAACAGACAAGCAAACGAAGGACAAGAGUUGGCCAACACCACUAGUACACCUCUAGCGCAGAACAGAAGAAGUGCCACUUCAUCUCAGUCAGGUACCAGUACCAGAAGAAGUUCUUCUCGACAGGAAGCGCCAGAAGAAACAAACCGAAGCCUAUUCCAAAAAGGCGGCCGAGAAAGAGGAUCAACAACAGCAUCAGGAGCAUCACAGUCUCCGUUUAAACAACUGACAAUUGGCACGAGUCCCACGUUUCGGACGACUAUGCGGAGUAGCGCGCGCAAAUCAAGGCUCAGUAGUGAGUCACCCUUUAAACAAGAAUCGGGGGGCGUCGCGAAGAGGUCUUCACUUAAUGUCCGCUCUUCUAUUAGUUCUGGGGUCGUGCCAGGAGUCGUGAUGGGAGUCGAGAACGACGUCCAGCAGACAACUGCCACUGCCUCUUCCAGCAGCUCAAACUUGGCAUCGAUUUUGCAGAACUUUGAUCAAGGUACUAGCAGUGACGCCAACGUCCACCAGAACAAUGAUCUACUUCAGGAAAAUUAUAAUGCUGAAAGGGAGGCGGCCGCGAAAGCAGAU